AUGGCAGCUGUCAAUCACACAGACUCCAGGCCCGGCACAUUCCUCCUUGUGGGCAUCCCAGGCCUGGAGAGGUUUCACCUCUGGAUUUCGGUCCCCUUCUUCUCCAUGUAUACUUUUGCCCUUCUCGGCAACUUAGUCUUGCUCUUUAUCAUCUUCCGAGAACAAAGCCUGCACAAGCCUAUGUACCUUUUCCUUUCUGCACUAACAGUAGCGGACUUGCUCUUAUCUACCUCUACAGUGCCCAGGAUGUUAGCUAUUUUCUGGUUCCGAGCGAGGGGCAUUUCUUUUGGUGCAUGCCUUGCUCAGGUGUUUCUCGUUCACUUUAUUUUUGCUGCAGAGUCAGCAGUUCUGGUGGCCAUGGCCUUUGAUCGCUAUGUUGCCAUCUGCAACCCCCUGCGCUACGUGACUUUAUUGACCCCCUCCAUCAUAUGGAGAAUAGAGGUGGCGGCUGUUGUCAGAAGCCUCUGCAUCGUCCUCCCGUUUGUUUUUCUGCUUCAAAGGCUGUCUUACUGCAGAAACCGCGUUAUCCCUCACUCUUACUGCGAGCACAUGGGUGUAGCCAGACUGGCCUGCACAAGUAUAAAGGUCAAUGUUGUCUACGGUUUGACAGUUGUCUUGCUGUCGGCGGGGAUAGAUGUAGUGUUCAUUGCUGUGUCCUACGGACUGAUUCUGAGGGCUGUCUUCCAGCUCCCCUCCACAGGCGCCCGUCUCAAGGCUAUGGGCACCUGCGGCUCCCACCUCUGCAGCAUCCUCCUCUUCUACACGCCGGCCUUCUUCUCCUUUCUCACGCACCGUUUUGGUGGCCACAGCAUCCCCCGCCACAUCCACAUACUGCUGGCCAAUCUCUACGUAGUGGUUCCCCCCAUGCUAAAUCCCGUCAUUUAUGGAGUGAAGAACAAGCGGAUUUGUGAAUCACUACAGUCCAUGUUGGCUUGGAUGGGAAGACAGGUUCUCUCAGGGAAGGGCAGCUCUGCAGAGCAAACCCCAUCUUGUGCAUCCCAGCGCGUCGGCCCUGUCCCAGGCACCCCAUGCGUGGCCAUCCCUUCCUGGGCACUGUUCGCCAUGUAUCCCAUCCCCAUGUACCCCAUCCCCACAUACCCCAUCCCCAUGUACCCCAUCCCCAUGUAUCUCAUCCCCACAGACCCUGUCCCCAGAGACCUCAUCUGCACUGAAUCCUUCAUGAUUCCUAACAGACUGGUGAUCAUGGCUCUGCUUGAACAGCUUGUUGGAAGGCUGCUUUAG